AUGUUUUCGACUUUCAACAACGAUGUGAGCUGCAGAGUGGCUUUUGGGAGGAAGUACUGCGUUGGAGAAAAUAGUAAGAUGUUUCAGGAGCUUUUGAAGGAGUUCAUGGAGCUAAUGGUACGUGUGAAUAUCGGGGAUUACAUUCCAUGGCUUGCAUGGUGGAGCAGCUUCAAUGGUUUGAACGCUAAACUAGACAAGGUGGCUAAAGGGUUUGAUGAUUUUCUGGACAAAGUUGUUCAAGAGCACAGAGAUAUUGGAGCAAGUGAAUCAAAGAAGAAUAAUGGUAUUAAUGGAAAAAACGGGGAUAAUAAGGACUUCGUGGACGUCUUACUUUCGCUGCAGAAGGAAAAGGUGGCUGGUUUUGCUCUUGAUAGUCUGAGCAUAAAGGCUCUCAUCUUGGAUGUUUUCACUGGUGGUAACGAUACAUAUGCGAUUCUAGACUGGGUGAUGUCUGAACUUUUAAGGCAUCCAAGAGUCAUGAAUAAACUGCAAACGAAGUAA